UGCCCGGCGGUGAGCAAGUAGGGAAAUCUGGUAUCUGGCUGAGUGCUCGGCAUAAAACGGAAAACUUGUUAGGAUGGAUAAACUGCGGGGCAACAAUGCGGCUGGCGAGAAUCCCUUCAAGCGGCCAAUGAAUGCCCUCCAGAAGCAGUGGUAUCGCGUUCUACUGGCCCGACGAGUGGGAUUCGGGCAGCGUCCUCCGCCCGAUGAAAAGGAGCUAACGUACGCCGACAUUUGUCGUAAGCGCUAUACAGCCUCGUUCCGGCGAUACAACGAACGUUUCCGCCGGGAAAUGGCCAAACACGAGGAGAUGCAGCGAUGCGCCAUCGAUGCCAUGAGGGUUCACAGAACCUUUGCCAUAACCACACUUUGGCUGCCAUUGCAUUCGAAACGGGAGAUAAACUCCACGUUGGAGACCCUCGAACAGGUUCUCACCGCCAAGGAAAGACGACGCCUGCAGGAGAUACUCAAACAAGGAGAGUCCUGGCACUCGCAUCGCUGAAGCAACAUCCACUGCUCUCAAGGCCACUACUCGGGUUCAGAUUCAGAUUCUGAUUCAGAUCCUCCUCCAGAUUCCGAACCCGACUCAUCCCCAUGCCCAUCAUCAUCAUCUGCCACGGCUAAGUGAAUUCCAUUUAGCUUGGAUUUCACUCUUCCUGGGAGCCUGAUUUUUCUUCACUCACUUCAUUUUUUACUUUUCCUUCGUUUUGUUCUUGAAUUUUUGCUGUCAGUGGCCCAAGCAUUGUCGUAAAUAUUUAAUACCAGUAAAAGUGCAAAGUUCACUUUGGCUAAAACCAAAACGGUGUUGGGACGAGAUCAAUUUACUGGUAUGGGGAUACAAGGGCACUAUCAAAAGGUUAUAGAAAUUGCUGUCUCAAAGGGAUUACUGCACUUUAGUUUUAAUA